AUUUCAAAGCAAAACAAAAUGGCUGACUUCCUGUAUCUUUUCAGGCGUUUCGGGCUUCCUGGAAGUCAGGACUGCGGCGCACCCCCCGCCCCCCUUCCCUCCAUCGUCCACGUUCCAUAUUUCGGCCAAACCCCUCGAUGUCGUCCCAUCGCAGACGGCGACGUCCCCUCGGAAAAGCGCGUCAAAAGUCUGCUCGCUCAUCCGUUUGAGAGUGGGGAGCACCAGGUGCAAAAAAGAAGUCCCGAGGCCAAGGCCGACCGAACGCCGGGCGACCGCCGGAGGCGGGAGACGACCGCUGACCCCGAGCCACGUGACGACGGGAAUACGAGGAAGUGGGCGGCCGCCGACUCCGCGGCGCCCCCUAUCGGCAGGAAGAAACACAAGCGGCGUCACCGUCGCCGCCGCCGCCGUCGGGCCGAGAGCGCCUCCUUUGAUGAGGAGUUGUCACCGCGCCUCGAAGCCAAGAAGAAGAAGAAGAAGAAGAAGCGAAAGUCCGAGCGCAAAACGUCGAGGAGAAGGGUGCCCUCGAGCAGCCUCUCUCCGCCGAGGAAGAAGAAAAUGAAGAAGGGGAAGAAGAAGAAGAAGAAGAAGAAGAAGAAGAAAAGCUCCAAGAAGAACAAGCGGCAUCGGUUUGCCUCCAAAAAGUCCAAACACGGCUCCUCCGGUUUCAAGCGCGGGAAAAAGGAGCAGCGCAAAGGCAAGGAAAGACAGACGGCGUACAAAAAGGAAACGCGUCCGACGUCGGAGGCCAAGUGGACGAGGGGGGGCGGCGCUGCCAAAUCACUCAAAACGCCCUCGGUCCUCCGCGGCGCCUCCAUGUUUUCGCGCGAGAUUUUCCGAGGACGAUCGUCCCGACGGACCGAGCGCUCGCACGACUGCGACUCCGGGAACGACACGUCGUCGCCGCCGUCCGGCGAGUCGAGCGCGGGUGACGGGCCGCGGCCCCCCGCCGACGGCGCUUCUGACUCUGGGAACUCGCUGACGAGUUACGCGUCCGGCGGGGAAGACGACUCGAGCGCCGGCGCGCUUCACAAGAGAGAACACCAGACUUUGGGAUACCGGUUCAAUCCGGCAAGAUCACCUCGGACGUCCUCCAGGGGGCGAAGGAGCGACGAGCGGCGCCGCAGACGCGAGAGGAGCAGAUCGUCGGGGAGCUCCAGAUAUCCAAGCUCGUCGCCGUCAACCGCCAGCUCCUACUCUCGCUCGCCGAGCUUUUCGACAGACCUGAGGCGGCGAUGGGGCAGCUUGAGUAGCGUCAGCUCCCGAGGAAGCUACUCCACAUACAGACGACGAAGCAGGUUGCGAUCCAGGGAGCGAGCGUCCAGCUCCAGAGAAACCCAAGAGCGCAAAGUCGGCAGGAAGAGGUGGCGACGCGAGUCCUACUCGCCCGUGAGGAAGAGGAGGAGGUGCUCGCCCAGCCAUCUGGAAGCCCGCCGGAUAACCAGCGCCCGCAAGAGGCCCGUCCCGUACCUCCGGCGCAGCUCGUCCUCCCGCUCUUCGACCCGAGGGAGCUUCGGGGCGGCCCGCCGCGGCGUCAGCAGGUAUUAGUCGCCCGACCCCGCCACCGAAACCUCAUUUCCGGGCGUUGAUCAUUAGCUGUGGCACCAGACCAGAGACCCUUUCCGACGGCAAAUCCGCCUCAACUUUCCCCAAUUCAGGGAUUUGAUCCGUUGCCUUUAAACGGUUGAGGAAGUUUUGAGGGCAUCAGGUUCAAAUUUGGAGAAUAUCUGAAGAGGGGGGUCGGGGGGGGGGGUUGUUCUGCUGUCUCCGGUGGCGGAAGUCAAACGACAGAAGCGAGCGCAAACAAUCCAAAAGUCAGAAGCGCAACAUCACGGCCACCGAUUUCAAAACUGGUUUCAACUCGGAGAUGAAGCGUCUGAACACGAUUGAUUAUUCAUGUUGUUGUGUCUCCGAGCGCAGACGCACGUGGAUGUUUUGUAUGUUCCGUAUGUAUGUCUUCUUUGACUAUUUAUUGCUUUAUUGUAGUGGUAAUUGAUCUAUGCAACGUCUCCUGCUUGUUACCACGCGCGGCGUGUAAAUAAUUCAUGUGCUUGUCUCAAAAAAAAGUUGGCUUUUUUGCUUUAUUUAAGAAGAGGAUGAUGAAUACUUUGACAUUUGCAAGAGCCGCCUAGCUGCUAGCUUUGCUGCCCAAAGCUACCGUUAGCCCAGCAGCUAGUGGACGACUCUGUUGGCUUUUGUGUAAACGUUGUUGUUUUGCCCAAAAAAUGUAAUCAUUUGACUUUUUGGGGGGGGGAUUUUUUGUGCGAGAAUAUCAAGGUUAGCGUGUAACGUAGCGUGUCUACACGAGGGUUAGCAUAGCAUCAAACAGGCUAAUUUGUUAGCUUGUGUGCAAACCUUUUGGUUUCGGAAAAAGCAGAAAUUGAGCCAUUUGAAGUUUGAUUGGUUGACUUUCUCGCUGGGACUUUUGUGAUAAUACAGGAUAGCCGCCCAUUUAGUGUUUAAGAACAAUUCUUUUGUGCUUAUUUGGGAUAGUGGUGACCAGGCUAAUCUGCGCGCUUACGUUUUGGAGUCUGAAAAAUAAGGAAAUGUAUACUUUCACGUUAUUUUUGCUCGGGUUAGCGCAGCAGCUAGUAGGCUAAUCUGUUCCAAAAAGCAAAAAAAAAAAAAACAAAACGUGUUUUCCGUUUUUCCUGGCGUUAAUUAUGUGAGAAUACUACUUCGGUACCACCGAGGAAAUGUGUUGAGCUCAGCGAUCUUAACGGCGACCAGACCGGCGAUGAUGCGUACAUUUUUAUUUUGUAGCGUCGCUUUUGUGCUAAGCUAAGCAAGCGAACGAUGAGCAACGACGCGGUGUACUCGUCAAACUUUUCAUCAUCAGUUUGAUGCAAUCUGAAAAUGACUUUCUGUUGUCAUGUUUCGCCGGACGUCACACGUCAACAAGAUAAAAUAAAUUUGCCGGGAGUCAAUAAUAAUAUUGUUAUUAAUCAGAGACGUGAUUGUACAGAGGAAUGAUCUUAUUUUUCUCAUUAUGUCACGUGAUGUAGAUAUGAAUGUGUACGUGGUCUUGUACUGUAAAGAUGCUAAAAUCUGUGCCAUCUGAAACUUUUAUGUUUUGGAAUGAUGUGACCAAAAAAAAAAAAAAAAAAAAUAAUAAUAAUAAUAAUACAAACGCUUUCAUCCGUCAACUUUGUGCUUGUACGAGGCACUUUUGGGAGCACAAUGAAAGAAGUGAAAAUGUUUCUUGAAAAUUGGAAAUCAAUUCCUCAUAAAACAGUGACACAUCCACUAUUUAUCUUUGUAUUUCUUCUUUCCGUUGUGGCGCUAAUUCAACUUUUUGUACAAUUGGAAUGAUUUAUUUUAACUUGGAAAUAUAAAGAAUAAAUACAUACAAAUACUUGGGAAUUGAUAAAGCGAAUGCACAUUUAUUUAAUCUAUAAAUAAAUGACUAAAUAUCUUAAUUUCGCUUUUAAGAAUUCCAAAUAUUUGCUCAUGCAUGUCUGAAUUUAUUCUUGGAUAAUAACAAUAUUCACAUUAGGAUAUUUUCCUUAUUGGCUGCAAAUCUUUCAAUAUUCAGAAAGAAAAAUGUGCUGCAGCGGCAAUUUUGCAUUAUGCAUUGAUUUUUUUUUCUCGAAUUGUAUUGUAUUUUUUUAUUUUUACUACUCUUACAAAAUGUGGAUUUUUUUUUUAUCCAUUCAAAUAUGUUUUUUCUUGUACAACUGUAAGGCCAGUUCAGAAAUAAGCAUGACGAGAAAAGUGGUAAACAAAAACAAACUGAAAUGAAAUUUUCUCUGCAAAGUUUGGAAUUAUCGCUGGUAAAAUCGCGCAACGUACUGGAUAAUUGGCUUAAAUUGAUCAUGUAGAUGAUUAAAAUGUGUUACAUUGACAUGUAUUAUUGGAUCUUUGAGGAAAAUGAUGGCCUUUGACUACGUUGGAAGGAUUUUAUAUCAGCGUGUGACUCCUCCGAAGCCUUUCGGGACUCAUUGGCGAUACAAAUCGAGUCGACUCGUUAGUUGCGUUGACUUUGAUCGGACAUGGCCGAGGGAGACUUUUGCGCCGCUACGGCGACCUGUCACGGGGGAGCGAGCCUCGUGGCGGCGGCGGCGGCGG